UUUAAAUAAUUAAACGAUUAUUGAUAAUACUUUGAAAUCAAAUAUUUCGUAAAUUGAUAUUUUUCGAUUCAAUUUUCGCGCGCUAUACAACGUCAGUCACAUAUGACUGUGACACAACUUUACGAAAAUUCUUUCAUGAAAAAUUUAUUUUUCAUUACAUUUAUCUUUAUAUUUAUCACUUUUCAGUAAUUAAGAAAUAUAAAUAUAAAGAGAUAAUAAAGAAAAAAAUAUAUAAUAGAAUGAACUCUUGUACAUUUUUAAUGCAGUAUAAUUAAUGAUAAACGUGAAUCAAAAGUAAGGUCAUCACGAAAAAGGAUAAAAAAUUCAAAUUGUAAAUAGAAAAUGUAUAUAAUAUGUUGAUGCAUGUAAAAGUAACAUAAUUUAAAAAGAAAUAAAAAUGGCAGAAAUAAUCGUAUUAAGCGAUUCAAACGAAUCCGAAUUGUCGAUAAAUCAUCCGAUUAAUACUAAAAAAGGAAAUUGUCAAAAAGAUUCUGCAUCUGACGAUGAUUUUGAUUUUCCUGAAGUUCAGUUUGAUUAUUUCAUGGAUACAAAUAAUAUUACUAAUAAAAACAAAUCAUGUCAAAGAGAGUGCAUUAUAAGCAGUAAUUCUAAAUCGUUAAAUGUUAUUUCAAAUGCUGAAACUAAUAAUAAAGUAUUUACAAAUACACCACCACUUUCUAAAAAGAGAUCGUUUACUCAUGAUAUGUCUGAUUCUUUAGAAUCCGACUGCUAUGAAGAAAAUAUUUGCAUGAAUCAACAAUUGAUUAAGGAACCAAUUAAGAAAAGUAAAAGUAAAUUGAAAGAAGAACGCCUUAAGAAACAGGAGACCUUGGCAAAAGAAAAAAAGUUAAAAGCGUUAACAACUAAAAAAUUAAAAAAUAUUAAACCAGGUGAAUGUAUGAAAUUUAUCAAAGUUAUUUUGGACAAACAUAUAGAAGAAUAUAAAUUUUAUCCAGAAACUUUGGUAACAUUAAAUGAUGCGAAUAUAUCAUAUAGUUUCAUUUCGCAUUCAAUUUCUAAUAGUAUAACUUGGGAAAGAAGUAUAGAAGAAGAUAGCAUUAAUGAAAAUAAUCAAAUAUGUACAAAAACUAUGAAGCAAAUUGAAAAGUAUAUAAUAGUUAUUUGGAAUUGGAAGGAAGUAGUAGACAAAUUAAUAGAUGAUAGUUUCAAUAGUAGUCUUUCUUACAUAAGGACUUUAUUGCCAGAUUACAAUAUGACCUUAGUUAUUUUUGGAAUUAAAGCAUACUUUCUAUAUCAUAAGAAUAAAAUAAAAUUAAAAAAGUGUUCAAGAAGCAAGUCAAAUAAUAAAACUAAAGACUUUAUAGCAUAUAGAGAAUCACCAGAAAUUUCAAAACAACAACUAGAAGUAUGCCUUGCUGAAAAUCAAAUAAUGAAUAAAUGUAAUAAUAGGCUCAUCGAAAAUGCAGCAGAUUUAGCAUUAAUGAUUUAUCAAUAUACAAAAGCUAUUGCAGAAAAACCAUAUAAACUAGAAAAAAGACAACAAUCUGAUAAAGAAUAUAAUUGGUACAUAGCGGGAGAUAAUAGAGAUACGGUACGCGUAGAUAAAGAUGGAAAUGGAUUGAAGAGAUUAUGGCAACAACAACUUUGCCAAUUUAAUUUAAGUAGCUUGGAAAUUUCAGAAGCGAUUUGUUCUGUAUAUAAAAGUCCAAUACAAUUAGUUGAGGCUUAUAAGAAUUGUACAUCCGCAGAAGGUAGCAAAUUAUUAAAAGAUCUUCCUAUUAGAAGAGCAGCAGGACCUCUUACAACAGCCAGACGAGUUGGUCCUGAAUUAAGUAAAAAAGUUCAUAUCAUGUUUACUUGUGAAAAUGGUGAUGUUUUGCUUGGUAAUGAUGUCUAAAGAUAUAUUUUUCAAUUGCAUUGUCAUUUACUAUACAAAAAUGAUAGUCGAAUAUCGACGAAUGUUUAUUAUAUUACAAGAUUUUAAAUUCAUGUAUCAUCCAGUGCUUUAUGUAAAUUUUUAAUGUAUGACUAUAUCAAUAUUUUUAUGAGUUCAUAUUGUAUAUAUAUUUUUAUUAAUAACUUUUACAACACUUAAUCUGUUUUACACAAAAUAAUUUAUUGAAUAUUGUUAUAUUUAAAUAAAACAAGUCAUAUAAAACACAUACACCUACAUAUUAUUAAAUAUGCUACA